AGAGCUGUAUGGUGGCAUAUGCUGUCCUUCUUCUGCUGGCACGCAACCAGCCGUGACUCGAAGCGUGAAGCAUCGAGUAUUCAGCAGUGACAGCCUCAGAGCUAAACCUGUGAUCCCAACUAUUCUCAAUCCCAUGUCCCACGACAAGGACGGUCGCAAAGCGCAGGGCCAAUGAUCCAUGCAGACAGUUUCGUCCAUGUAGAAAUUUGUAGGAUUUGCCAGGCUUGUCAUGAGCAUAUCAUGGCCAAGGGCACAUAACUGCAAAGCACACCGCACCAUUCCCAGAACACCGUCCAGUGCUGCCCUCAUGCAGGAGAAAAUAUUCCUAGCAACGCCCGUGCGUUUUGUUGCAAAGCGCCGGAUGCAAGUCAAAAAGUCAACACGGCCGUCUAUGGACAAAGUGUUUCGACUUUCGGCAAGUCGGGCAUCUCGAUGUCAUUAUCGCUUCUUCGACUUAUAGCCGAAGAAAUGUCAAGGAGACGGCGAUACACCGUAUACGGGAGACAAAUACCAUGAAGAACCAGAGCGAUUAAUCCUGUGGGAAACCACAUAAAUGGUUGUGUUUCUCUCGGUCGUAUUUCAGAGGACUGAUUGGCAGUAAUAAAGCUGGUCAUCAAAUGGGGACGACAACAACACCCUCUCGCUAGGGCGUGAUGAG